AUGCCACUAACGGAGGGUGCUUCAGUUUGUGGCUACAAUAUUAACGACAACAUUUUGAGACUAGCGAUUAUUGACUGGUCAAUUCCGAUGGUGUAUGGAUUGAUCCUUAUGGUACUCGCAUUAUAUAAAGCAGCAGAAUACUGGAAAAUGUCAACGGGGUUCGGGGGUUUCAAACUCGUAGAGAUUCUUAUCUGUGAUCAGAUAAUAUACUUCCUUAUGGUAAUAAUGUGUUGUGUUUUCAAUACUUUGAGCAACAAGGUGCGUGUCGACAACAACAAUUUAGCAGCUAUCAUUGAGCAAGCUGGGAACCCGUCGUUCUUAUGUAUUUUGGGGAGCCGUCUACUCUUCAAUAUGAAGGAAGCUGGAAAGCUAGGGGUAAACGAGGGUACAAACUACCGAACGAAAUCUAUGAGUACCAUUGAAUUUGAGCAACCAGCUGGGAGUGAAGAGACUUCCACCAGCGACGUCGGAGUUGCUGCAGAAGACAGUGGCUCUACUGGCUCCGUGUCGCAGGAUUCCUCUGUCUGA